UUUCAUGCACAUAAAAAAGAAAGGAAUGUAUUUAUUUCACGACUUCAAUAAACACAAUUUACAAAUUCACUAAAACAUCUACUAACACUAAUCGCCACGAUGUCACCGCCAAUGGCGCCACCCAUCGCGGCGCAUCUCGCGGUCUUCACCCUUCUCGUCACCGUCUCCGCCGCCGCAACCGGAUACCACAACCACACGGUCGGCGGCGCCGCCGGGGGGUCCUUCGACUCCGCCACCAACGCAACCGCCACGAACUACUCCUCUUGGGCCUCAAAUCAAACCUUCGACCUCGGCGAUUAUCUCAUUUUCAACACGAAUUCGAACCAAACGGUGGUUCAGACUUACAAUAAGACAACCUAUCUGAACUGCACCGCCGACGAAACCGACAACGGAACCUUCGUGUACGGCGGCGGAAGCCGUCGUUUCGGCGAAGCGUUGACCAUCGCGGUGCCGUUGACCAUAGUUGGACCGAACUACUUCUUCUCCGACGCCGCCGACGGCGUCCAGUGCCAGCACGGCCUGGCCUUCGAGAUCGACGUCCAGCGCGGCCUCGGCUUGCCGCCGAGUCUCAACCAGCCGCCGCCGCCGCCGUACCAGGAGCCGCCGGGUCCCGACGCCGGUCAGUCUCCGCCGGUCGCGGUGGCGCAGUCUCCCAGCGGCAGCGCGUUCGCGAGUCGCGCUGACGUGCGCGUCGCGGUUUACGGCUUCGCUGCGGCGUUGUUGGUGCUGCUGCAGUUUCAGUGAGGAAUAGGGUAGCUUACGGUGGGUGCGCACUGCGCAGCACUGGAUAAAUUGUUUUUACAGCUCACAGAUUCCGAGGGAGAUGAAAUUUAUUGAAAUUGUUUUGCAUUUCAUUUAUUUGCGAGUUUCAUUUUGUUUCUUUGUAGUAAGUUUACAUUAUUUUGAAUAAUAAUAUAAUAUCAUAUACAUUUUGGGGGAAAAUGUCUACAAGUGGAGAUUGUUG